CGCGGUGGUUGCUGGGAACUGUUCACCAUAGAUAGCAAUUAAAUGCAUACUGCCAACGACUAUUUGUUUUAGUGAAGCAUGCCAAUAUUGUGGAUUGAUAUGCUUGAUGCUCUUGUAUCUCGCAGGGACUGGCAUACGUUGACUUUGUGGAUGAUGAGCACCUUGCAGCAGCUAUAGCAAAAAACAGAAAGAUGUUACUUGGUAAGAAGAUCAGUAUAGCACGGUCAAAUCCAAAGAAGGGUAAAAAAGAUUUCACUCGGCGUGGAAAUGAAGGUUCGGGGAAUUCAAAGGACACAUCCCAGGUUUCUGACAAGGCGAAAGCACCUCUUGAUGGCGAAACAGAGGGUGAAAAGCGAGGAAAUGAAGUGGAGGUGAGGGGUAAGAACACGUUCGCCAUCCCACGAACUGUUAAAGCACUCGGCUUCACGACACCCAAACCCAUCGCAGCAGAUGAGACGCCAAAAUCAAAUGACGAGUUCAGGAAUAUGUUCCUUAAAAAGUAAGGCUUUGGGCUUUGGUCCCUUCUCUUCUCUUCCCCUGGAUACAACUUUCUUGUUCUUCUUUUCUAAACACACUCUCUGAACCAAUCUUAUGUUGUAGACUGACAAUAUCGCAUCUGCGACUCUCUCAUGUGUUUAAGAAGAUAAUUAGAUAAUCAUCAAUGACUAAACAUACAGUUUGAAGUUAUUGCAAGAAGACCAUGUUUUCAGUCUGGUCAUAAUGUCUUUAUCCGUCCAUAGGAUGCGUAAAUCUUCUGCUUCUGGUAUUUCGUUUGAUGUUAAAGCCAUAUAUAAUCAUGUGUUUUAAGAGCUUCACCGAUAGUUUUACUUUAAUUUAGAGGUAUGUUUGGUAGUGAUGGGCAAAAGAUGAACGUAUCGACAUAACUUGCAUUUAGAUAAAGAAUGUCGUUAUCAUUAGUGGUACUGGUGUGGUGUGUGGGGCCUCUGCAAGAUGGUGAUAAUAAAACGGUCAGAAAAACUGAAAAAAAAUCACAAAAAGCUAAAGAAGAUUUGAUUAUAGCUCAUUUUGACUUUUUUUUUGUUGCAACGGUUACAAAAUAAUCACCUUUUGAUACAAAAAGGCAGCAGUGUACCAUUUUCUUAAGCCUAAAGGAGUAUCCAUCCAAUGAAGGUUAUGAAAGCAGUGAAGAAGCUCAAGUUCUGGUCAAGAAAGAAGAAGAAACACAAGCAAGCUUCCUCAUCUUCUCAGCCACACCAAUCCUCCGCAGUGUCAGCUCCUCUUCUUGAGCCAACAGCACCUCCUCUCUCGUUUUGGUUCGAUGAAACUCAGCGUCUUUAUGCGCCAGAGACAUCAUUAGCAUCUCCUUGGAACACUCCGUUGCCUCAGAAACAAGAAGAAACCAUCGUCGAGAUAAAACCCUUGUCUCAAGUGUCUGAUCUUCGCAUCAAUCAGUCUUAUCAGCAGUACAUGGUCCCGAAUCCAAGUUGUCAUGUUCCUAUUAUCGUAGAAGCAGCUCCAGCCAAGAGAUCAUCAGUGGGAAUAUUCGGUUGUGUUAUCGAGUUAAGCUCAAAUGUAGUUCGUUGUUUCUUCCCUUGUUUUAGCCGCCAUCAAGAAAACUAUUUACGACAAUAAUUCAUUAUCUUUGACAUGUUACAUGAGUUUUGUUUACAUCUUCCUAGUUCCUAUUACAUCAUCAUCUUAUAAAACAUUCCGACACGUGGCAGAGUAUUUAAUCAAACAACUUCGUCUUUUGUACUCUGAAAACAAAAAGACAAAGAGACUUCCUCAGAUCUUAUCAAAGUGGGACCCAUCAUCAAUAUGUACGGACGACAACCCUUGAGUGGUUCUCUAGAGGUCAAUGCAGCAGACUCCAUCGCCAACGACGAUCGCAGCCGAAACAUUCAAGAACUCGGACCGUGCCACUCUUCCUCCUCCACUCGACGUGACGCGGCGGAGCUGGCUACUCGAACCACCACAGCCGAAGAAAAAGAAGUACGUUGAUCUCGGUUGUAUGCUAGUUAGCCGCAAGAUCUUUCUGUGGACUCUCGGGACCGUUCUUGUAACCUCCUUUUGUUAGAAAUUGAAGAACAUAGUGAAGAACAAGAGAGAGAUGUUUAAUCUAGAAAGUAGAGAGAGAUAGAGUAAAUAAGGAGAAUCUUAUUUGCUUGAUUGAUUUGCUUAUGGGAACAUCCCAUAUAUAUAAGGGUUACAAGUAUGGCAAAUGGUAGAUGAGAUAUGAUAAACUAAUAAUCCAUUGUCUUGAGACUUUAAUCCACCA